AAUGAAUAUUUUGUGGAAGUUCUACAGCUCUUUAUGGACGAGUACUCAGAGACCUGUGCUGAUUCUUUGCAAUUUGGUACUUGUAAUAAAAUGACGGACAAUGGUGGAUGUUUUGUAGAUGUAAUAAACAGAGUUCACGCAGAAGAAAAAUGCUGAUGCCUCAAAUACUAACAUCGAACUAAGAUGUUGCUCAGUUAUAUAAACCUUGACCUUCAACCUUUCUACUAUUAAAAUGUUUUACAACUGUUUACUUUCGAAAAAAAAAUACAAUCUCAAUAAAUUUAAGCAACAAAUACAUCAGUUUUUUGUAAAUUUAAGAUUCUCUUACAAAGUGCGUUUGCUUAAGAAUAACAAACUAAGUUAAAGUAACGAAAAACAUUGUAAAAA